AUUAUUGUUGCAAAUUUUAGAAAAGAGAGCCCCCAACCAGAAUACUUCAUUUUAAGACUUCGUGGGGUGCACGUUUGCAGGGGUUUGUGACUUUGCUUCGAAAUUCAAAGGGAACAACAUGCUUUCACCCAAGCUUUUCGUUGUUGUUAGUCUUAUGACCUCAGUUCAAGCGUGGUACCCUUGCGCGCCCUGUGACCAUGAUUUUCAAUGUUUUGGCAACAUUGGCAUCGGGUUCUGUGCCAACGAUGAUCCCAAACUCAGGCAAAACAACCCUGUCAGACCGUUGAAGUAUACCGAUUAUGAGACCACCUUUGUGAGGUCCAAAUAUCGACCGGUCAAAAGCCAUUUCCAUUCCACCGAGGAGAUGGUGUUCUGCAUCGCCGAAUCCUCCCUGGCUAUGAAUUCCAAUGAUCCCCAAAAGAACCGACGUUGUCAGAUUUAUCCGCAAUUUGUCAUUGGGGUGGUCGGAUUCUGUCUAGUGGUGACCUUGCUAACUUUGGUGUGUUGCGUUUUGAGAAUAUUUCGUCGUAUCCUGUGCUGUCUUUGCUGUCCCUUGGGAUGGAUGUGGCGACAGUCCAUCCCCACUGCAAUGGCUGGCGAUGGGAGCGAUUGUGGAACCGCAACCAGAAGAGGCGAUUUGGUUAUGUUUCGGGCUUGAACUCCGCCGUUGAGGAUGCCCCAUUCAAUCAACGACGAUGCAAUGAUUGGUAGAACAUGUGUCUUCAAAGGGACCUAAGUAAAUUAUUGGGUCCAACAUUGGGCCUUAAAUUGGAUUGUUUUGAUUGGUCAAAUAUAGUAUGAUUUGAACGUACUCAUUGGAAUGAGAA